CUCUCUCCCCCCCCACCUUAUAAAAAUCCGAUUUUUUCCCUCCCCUUCGCUUCAAAUCACGUCAAUCGGAUCUGAAAGCGCGAAAAGUGUUGAUAGAAUUCGAUCCUGGGAACCCCAGGACCGACUCAAUGCGAUCGGUGGAGGAGAGAUUUGGAUGAAAAAUCCGAUCUUGGAGGCUUUUUCUUCCCCAAAUUGUGAUCUUGUUGCGAAAUGGGUUGCUUCCCGUGCUUCGAUUCAAAGGAGGCAGCGCAGCUAAAUCCAGGGGAGGGGAGAGAUGACAGGAGGGAGGAGCAGCCCAUGGUUCCCCCUCGUGUGGAGAAAUUAUGUUCUGGAGCUGAUAGGUUGAAGACGAGAAGCCAUUUGGAUUCGAAAAAGGAGUCAUUGGGAACAAAGGAGGGGCCUGGUUUUAAUAUUUCAGCACAUACAUUCACCUUCCGGGAGCUUGCGGUGGCAACAAAGAAUUUUAGACCAGAAUGUUUUUUAGGGGAAGGGGGGUUCGGACGGGUCUAUAAAGGGCGUCUCGAAAGCACGGGUCAGGUUGUAGCUGUAAAACAGCUCGAUCGGAAUGGGCUUCAAGGAAACAGAGAGUUUCUGGUGGAGGUCCUCAUGCUUAGCCUGUUGCAUCACCCCAAUCUAGUUAAUCUUAUUGGCUAUUGUGCUGAUGGAGAUCAACGCCUUCUCGUGUAUGAGUAUAUGCCCUUGGGAUCAUUGGAAGAUCAUCUGCAUGACCUCCCACCCGAAAAAGAACCACUGGAUUGGAAUACAAGGAUGAAGAUUGCCGCAGGUGCAGCCAAAGGGUUGGAGUACCUUCAUGAUAAAGCAAAUCCUCCAGUUAUAUAUAGGGACUUCAAAUCAUCCAACAUAUUAUUGGAUGAGGGGUUUCACCCAAAGCUUUCUGAUUUUGGGCUUGCCAAACUCGGUCCUGUUGGUGAUAAAUCACAUGUCUCAACAAGGGUGAUGGGAACCUAUGGAUAUUGUGCUCCAGAGUAUGCUAUGACUGGACAAUUAACAGUCAAGUCUGAUGUAUAUAGUUUUGGUGUUGUACUUUUGGAGUUGAUUACUGGAAGGAAGGCCAUCGACAGCACCAGAGCACAUGCGGAACAAAAUCUUGUUUCAUGGGCUCGGCCCAUGUUCAAUGACCGAAGGAAACUCCCAAAGCUAGCUGAUCCAAAGCUGCAAGGGCGAUACCCCAUGCGUGGGCUCUACCAGGCUCUUGCUGUGGCUUCCAUGUGCAUCCAAGAGGAAGCUGCCUCCCGCCCUCUCAUCGCUGAUGUUGUAACUGCUUUGGCCUAUUUGGCAUCCCAAGCUUUUGAUCCCAAUGCAGUACCUAAUUCCAACAGCAGGUCUGGUGGGGAAAGGAGGAGCAGGAAUAGCGAUGAGAAAGGUGGAAGGAUGCUAGCAAAGAAUGAUGAUGGAGGGUCCGGCCGUAAGUGGGAACUUGAUGUGGAUAAAGAAGAUUCUCCGAGGGAGACAAUUGGGAUCUUGAACAGGGACUUUGAUCGGGAGCGAGCCGUGGCAGAGGCCAAGAUGUGGGGAGAGAAUUGGAGGGAGAAGAGACGGGUUAAUGCUAAUGCACAGGGUGCUUUCGAUGCUGCAAGUGGAAAUGGGUAGCACAUAAUCGAACACUUCUCUUUCCAUUUUUUUUUUUUUAUCUGUAUAAGAGUGGAAACCAUAGAGUAAGGAGCUUGUUACAUGCUACCUUUUCAUUUCUUUUUUCCUCCUCUUUCAUUUAAUAAGAUUUAAGUGUGUAUAUUUUCUAUAGGCAGGGAGGCUUUCAAGUGGUUGUGGGUGGUAACCAGACAUGCUGUUUUGCCUAUGAAGCUUUUAAAAAAAUUUUGAGAGAUGGAAGAGAUCUGUAUGAUGUGUACUUUUUAUAUUAUUUUGCUUCCUCCUGGGUUUUAACCAUCAGAAGGUACCUUUUGCAUUCCACUUCUGUGACAAAA